CGUUUUAGUCGCGGCCAGACCACCGACGAGGUCGCAUUAAGCCAAAUAUAAUUUUUUUAUUUAACAAAUAAAUAACAAUAUAAAAUUAAAUUUUUUAUUUUAUUUUUUAUUUUUUACAUUAUUAUUUUGUAUUAUGUAAUUAUUUUUUUUUCUAUUAUUUACAAUUUUUUUUUCACGUUAUAAUUUAUCUAUCAGCAAACAAUUUGUUCCACGUGUUAUUUCGAAAUAUUUUUUUUCUUUUUUAUCAUACUUAAUUAGACCAAUGAAAAAAUUUAUUUUAAAUUAGAUAUAUAUUUUUUUAUUUUUAUUGUCUAUUGACAGCUGAUUUAAGUUGAGUGUGUUUUGAGUGGAUUUAAAAGAAUAAUAGAAAAAUAGAAAAAUAUACGAAAACAAAAACAGGGAUUAACAGACGUCAAGAUUGACAGAUUAUAGAGAGAUGGAGGAUAACAUGAUAAUUUCGAUUUAAUGUUAUAUUUAGAAAAAUAGAUAAAUAUAUAUGUAUAUGUAUAUAAAAGACAAAUAAGAAUACAAGUGUGUUGAAAUAAAUUUUUUUUUUUAUUUUUUUCUAAAGAUCAAGUGUCUUGAGAUUCGUGUGAACAUGUCGUAUUUAAUAAAUGUAGUAUGUAUUAUUGCUGUUAUUAAUAUUAGUAUUAUAAAUGGUAAACGUGAUGAUAAAUUGAAUGAUGAUGAUUUAUUUAUUGGUCAAAAACAUCAAAGAAAUUUUAAAGGUAAUUUUAAUAAUGAUAAUCAUCAACAACAGCAACAUUAUUUACCAAAUUUAUCAGGUAAAGGAAAAGAUAAAAAACCAAAUAUUGUUCUCAUAUUGACUGAUGAUCAGGAUGUUGAACUUGGUUCAUUAAAUUUUAUGCCACGUACAUUGAGAAGAAUACGUGAUGAAGGUGCUGAACUACGUCAUGCAUAUGUUACAACACCAAUGUGUUGUCCAAGUAGAAGUUCAUUAUUAACUGGACGAUAUGUACAUAAUCAUAAUGUUUUUACAAAUAAUGAUAAUUGUAGUAGUCCACAAUGGCAACGUGAUCAUGAGCCACAAUCAUUUGCAACUUAUCUCAGUAAUGCUGGAUAUCGUACAGGCUAUUUUGGAAAAUAUUUAAACAAAUAUAAUGGCUCAUACAUACCACCAGGUUGGCGUGAAUGGGGUGGUCUCAUUAUGAAUUCAAAAUAUUACAAUUACAGUAUAAACAUGAAUGGAAAAAAAAUUAAACACGGUUUCGAUUAUAGCAAAGAUUAUUAUCCAGAUUUAGUUGCAAAUGACAGUGUUGCAUUUUUACGUCAGAGUAAAUAUAAUUUUGCACGUAAACCAUUGAUGCUUGUUGCAAGUUUUCCAUCACCUCAUGGACCUGAAGAUUCAGCACCACAAUAUUCAAAUUUAUUUUUCAAUGUAACAACACAUCAUACACCAGCUUAUGAUUAUGCACCAAAUCCAGAUAAACAAUGGAUUCUACAAAAGACACAAAAAAUGCAACCAAUUCAUAAACAAUUUACAGAUUUAUUAAUGACCAAAAGACUUCAAACAUUGCAAAGUGUUGAUGUUGCUGUUGAACGGAUUUAUCAAGAGCUCAAAGACCUCGGUGAACUCGACAACACAUAUAUAAUUUACACAUCAGAUCAUGGAUAUCAUCUCGGUCAAUUUGGUCUAAUAAAAGGAAAAAGUUUUCCAUUUGAAUUUGAUGUCAGAGUACCUUGUCUUAUACGUGGUCCUGGUGUUGCAUCUGGUUCAAUAAUUGAUGACAUAGUUUUAAAUAUCGAUUUGGCACCAACAUUUCUUGACAUUGCUGGUGUUGAUGUACCACCCCACAUGGAUGGACGUUCAUUUAAAAAACUUAUCCUCAACCAACAUGGAAGAAAAACAAAAUUAAAAUGGCCAGAUACAUUUUUAAUUGAAUCAUCUGGACGUCGUGAAACACCAGAAACAAUUGCCGAAUCAAAAGCACGUGAUGCACGUCGUCAAAAUACAACAAAUUUCCAUAAAUUAUUAAAUUCUAAAAAUAGCACAAGUAGUUUAUCUGAAAAUGAUACUGAAAGUGAUCAAAAUUUAUCAGAAAAUGAUGAUACUGCUGCUGAUAAUGAUGAUGAUGAUGAUGUGGCUACUGUUGAUAAUACAGAUGAUACAAUUCAAUUAUCAAAUAAUAGUAGUUUUAUUGAUCGUAUUGACAACAAUGCUGUACAAUUAAAAUUUGAUAAAACAAUAAAAACAAAACAUGAACGUUUAAAUGCUGAAUGUUCACGUCCAGAAUCACAACUUGAUUGUAUUACAGGACAAAAAUGGAAAUGUGAAUAUGAUGGUAAUCGUUGGCGUCGUCAUAAAUGUCGUUUACCAUUACCAUCAUUAAAACAAAUACAACAAUCUAAAAAAUGUGCAUGUUUUACACCAAAUGGUGUUGUUUAUACACGUCUUGAAAAUAAUAAUAUAAAUAAACAUAGAAACAAAAGAAAUAUCAAUGAUAAAAACAAUCAUAAUUUCGAAAAACAAUCAAUUAAUAAAGAUUAUGAUUUUCCUCAUGUUUAUCCAGCUGAAACAGUUGAUGAUAAAAAAAUUGAAGAAAAUGAUUAUUAUUAUAAUGAUGAUGAUGUUGUUGAUGAUGAAAAUAUAUAUGAAAAUAAUGAAAAUUUAAACGUUGAUGAUGUUGUUAAAAGAUAUCAAAGAAUACGAAGAGAUACAAUGAAAAAAAAUCCAAUUGAUCAUGUUGAUAAAAUAAUGGAAAGUAUUGAAGAUGAUUUACAUAAAUUAAAUUUACAUAAUAAUGAUAAUAAUACAGUAUUUAAUAAUAAUAUACCAAAAUGUGCAAUUGAUAAUGGAUUGAUAAAUUGUAGUCAAUCAGUUUAUCAUGAUCCAAAUGAAUGGCGUAAUUCACGAAGACAAAUUGACAAACAAAUUAAAGACAUGCGUUUACAAUUGGAAAGUUUAAAAGAAAUACGUAAACAUUUAAUGAUAAAACGUCCACAUGAUGUUGAUAUUGAUAAUAGUACUAAUCAUCAUGUAAAAAAUCAUACUAGUCGUCAUCAUAAAAAGCACAAAUCAACAGGAGCUGCUAUUAAAAAUCAAACAGAUGAUAAAAUUAAUUUAGCAACAACUGAAUCAUCAAUUUCAACGACAUUAAAUCCAACAACUGUAACAAAAAUUAAUAAUAAUAAUAAUGGUUUAAGUGAUAUUUUUGUUGUUGAUAAUGACAAUAAUAAAAGUCAAAAAAAUUCAACAAUAUUGACAAAUAGUGUUGUUGUUGAUUUGCCAGUGACAACUUCUCGUGUUGAUAUAUCAAUGGAAAAUACAACUGUCAUUGAUAAUACAAAAAAAAUUAAAUUAAAUUAUAUGACAACUGAAAAGUCAUUGUUUGUUGAAACAACAACAAUGAAAAAAAUUAAAAAUCAUAAAAAUUCAAGUCUAGGACCAGCUAGAAUUGAUGUAAGUAUUAUUGAAUCACCUGGUGGUAAAAAAAAUCAUCAUCAUGAAAGAACAACAGUUAAUAAUAAUGGUAGAUUAACACCAAUGUUGAAUAGUCCAUUGGAAUCAAAACACAAAUGUUAUUGUGAGCCAGAUAAUAAUGUUCCAUCAACAGAUGAUAGAUUGAAAGAAGAAAAAAAACGUAUUAAAGAAGAAAGAAUACGUAAGAAGGAAAGAAAAUUACGUAAAAAAUCAAAAAUUGAUCAAAAAUGUUUAUCUGAAAAAAUGAAUUGUUUUGAGCAUGAUAAUGAUCAUUGGAAAACAGCACCAUUAUGGAAUAAUGGACCAUUUUGUUUUUGUAUGAAUGCAAAUAAUAAUACGUAUUCUUGUAUACGUACAAUAAAUUCAACUCAUAAUUUUUUGUAUUGUGAAUUUACAACUGGUAUUAGAACAUUUUAUAAUUUACGAAUUGAUCCAUUUGAACAAUGGAAUAGAAUGAGUUCAUUAACAGCAAGUGAAAAACAUUAUUUACAUGAACAAUUGGAACAUUUGAAGGGAUGCAAAGGUGCACGUGAUUGUACUGUUGGUAGUGUUAGAGAAUCAUAUCUUCAAUCACAUCAACAAACACAAAAUCAACGAGUCAUGCCAAAGAAAAAAUACAACAAUAAUCUUGAAGACACAUUUGGACCAUCAGCAUUACAAAUCAUUCAUGAAAGUGGACUUGGAAGUCCUGUAAAACGAAGAAAAAAAAUGCAAAGCCCAUGGAAUAGAAAAAAUAGAAGUUGGCAGAGUAAUUCACGUCAAUCAAACAUAAACAACACAAAACGUCGCCAUCAUUAAUUAAAAUUUUAUUUACAAAUAAAUUGUUAACUUUAUAACAACGAAGCUUAAUAAUUAUCUAAUAUUGUUGCACGGUAAUAAUAAUAAUAAUUUAUAAAAUUAUAUUAAAUAAAAAAUAGAACUUGGAAGCACUUGAGCAAUUGACAAUUAUACCAAGUAUAAAAUGAUAAAUUUAAAUUAUAUAUAUAUAUAUCUUCCAAAUGUCAUUGCAUUAAUUUUAUUUAAAUAAAUAAUAACAAUUAUAUUUACGCGGUAUUUACAAUGUAUAAUAAUAAUGUAUUUAUAAUUUUUAUUUUUUUUACUGAUAAUUAAAUGAAAUUAACAAUAAUCACAACGAAUAUUUCACAUUGUUAAUUUUAUUUUUAAAAAACUUCAAGACUGCCGCAGUUAAAAUAUGUUUAAUUUAAUUAUUAAUAAUAUUAUUAAUUAAUUGCAAAGCAUGAAUUUUUUAAGUUUAGUUUAUUUAUGUGAUAAAAUAAUUUAUUUCAAUGAUAAUAAAGAAAAUAUUUCGUUUUUAGUAAAAAAAUUUGGAUUUAUUUCAUUCGAAAACAUCUAAUUAUUUUUUUUUUAAAUUAAUUAAUUUAUUUACUUAAUUUCCCCGACAUUAGUAAAUAUAAUUUACUUUUUUUUCAAAUUAAAAUAUGUUUAGAUAAUUUAAAAACCACAAUGACAAUUAUUAGUUGAAAAUAAUUAAAAAAUAUAUUUUAAUUAAAUUUUUAAAUUAUGUAUUUUUAUAUAAAUACUGGUGAUAAUUUUUAUCUCAAUUUUUUUUUAAAUGAUAGAUUGUAUUUGUGUUAUUAUCAAAAAAAAAAGGAAAAAAAAAUA